GGGGCAUUUCUCAGAAACGGCUUUAUUUGAAGUCGUACAUGGGCACCAAGCUCAAGAUUGAGGAGUAUAUCAAUGAAGUGUUGAGUUGUUUGGACUAUUUGAAUGAGACGUUAAACUCCGAUACCGAUGAGUUCAUUAUGAAUAGUCGUCAGUUGAAGUUGGACUUUUUCCAUGAUGCAAGACAGUCGUUUGGGUGUACUGCUUUGGUUUUGCAAGGUGGGUCCUUGUUUGGGUUGUGUCAUUUGGGUGUGGUUAAAGCGUUGUACUUGAAGGGGUUGUUACCUCGGAUAAUUGGCGGUAGUGCCGUGGGUGCAGCCGUCGCUUCAUUGGUAUGUACGUUAACUGACAAAGAGUUGGUUCCAAUAUUAAUGUCUAUUGAAGAGUUAAUGAAGAAUAUCGAUAUCUUGAACCACGACGUUGAUGAGAUAUAUGGGAAUGUGAUUGAAAAUGUCGUUAAAAAGGGGUACUCGCAGGACAUACUAAUCUUUAUGAAAUUUGUCCGGGAUACAAUUGGUGAUGUCACUUUUGAAGAAGCAUACAUGAAGACGGAAAAGAUUUUAAACAUUGUUGUGCAUCCCACAAAUCAAGCUGUUCCUUCGUUGUUAAACUACGUUACUGCCCCUAAUGUUAUUAUUUGGACAGCGAUUUAUGCGUCCAUAGGUACUGGUGUGCUAUCAGACACGGUUCAAUUAUACGUCAAGGACUACAAUAACGAAAUCAGUUUACAAAAUCCUGAUCUUGACGUACAGUUUUUGAAACCCCAAGAUGUAACAUACAAUCAACAAUUCUUUCAGAGGAACGAUUCGGAAACUACAAUACCCAAACAAUCUCCAUAUACACGAUUAACUGAGCUAUUCAAUGUCAACCACUUUAUUAUAAGCUUGGCACGUCCCUACCUUGCCCCGUUAAUCAACAAUGAUUUGAAGCAUUAUGAUCAGUUCGGCAAGGUCAAGUAUGACAGGACAACCACAACCAGAACAUAUGAAGAUCUUGGUGGGAACCGUGCUGAAGUUAAAAAGUACACUAAAGAUACCGGAUACAACUUUACAAAACACAUCAAGAACAUUAUCGGCAUGGAGAUCCAACAUCGGUUAAACGUGUUGAACCGACUCGGGCUAUUGAAUGAUACCAUGAAGAGAAUGUUCAUUGACGAGAAACCGUCCCAGUUGCAAUCCCUCGCUUCCAUUAGAGAAAUUACAAUUGUUCCUGAACUUCGAUACUUGAUGCGGGAUUUCGGACGAGUGUUUGACGUGCACAAAACCAUGGAGAAUAUUCCCUAUUGGGUAUUAGUGGGUGAGCGGUCGGUGUGGCCGUUGUUCCCGUUAUUGUGGACAAGAUGUUCUAUAGAAUUUGCAUUGGAUGAUUUAUAUAAUUUACAUAGGAACAUGAAGAGACGGUAGUUGGGGGGGUCUUUCUUAUCUGAAAUACAAUUUGACAUUUGAGUCUUUGGUUACGUGGUAGAUGUAUUCUCGUUCGUUCACUUUGACUGUUUCAUACGGUAUUGAUCCGCGUGAGAUGGUUAUGCUUCCUGUAAUAUCCUUGGCUCGGCCCGUAGAUAAUGGUUCGAGAGUGAUGUUCAACAGAGAUCUGUGGUGUAACUUAACCAAGAAAUCGGUUGUCUUGAAUGAGACAUCUUGGGGGUUUGUGGUGUCAAAGUCAACAUACUGGGGGUAAUCCUUGGAACUGAUCACAUACAAUUGACGACAAUUCUUAUUGAUUUUGGUUAAAUUGAAUAACAAAUCAGAACUGGAGAUGUUGGUUGCAUACAACAACGUCUCUGGAGCUUCAAUAAAGACGGCCAUGUUUGGAUUAGUCACUCGUUUAACGAUCUUAUCAAACAAUGCAUCAACGUCACGCUUGGCAUCGCUAGGUUUGCUAACUAAUUCAGUAAACAAUGUUGAGAAACAAUCCACAAACUCAAACUGAGGAUUACUUGAAAGAUCCAAUCCAUUUUUCUUACAAUUUCUCACGUAAAACUCGUGGGGAUGUGAGAAUGAAGCAACAAGAACAUUGGAUCGUUUAGGUAUACGUUUAAGAUCGGAGUUCACUACCGAUGCCGUGCCCAUCAAUGCGGUCUCGAUCAACGAAUUUAUCAACCAUGUAGGUGAUGUUCCUUGAACAUGGGUUAUUAUUGACAAAUAGGAGGCUUGUGAGGAUAAUACAUCGCUAGGGAUCAAUGAAUUGUCAGUAAAGAAUAUCAAGUCUUGUUGGGGUUGAUUGCUAGACAUUGGUGUAGGAUGAGAUGGUGU